AUGCGAUUUUUUCUUGUCGCAAUUUUUUUCCUUCUAUUUGACCUAGAAAUCGCAUUGCUCCUUCCUGCCCCAUGGGCCAUCCAACUGCCAACCCCAACCGUAUCUAUUGCAUGA